AAGAUGCGACUGCAAUGAAGAAUAGACUGGGGACUUUUCAAAGCGUCCUACUGAUGUGAUUAAUAUCGUUGAAUGAUUUCCAUGCAUUGGCUUGUCGCGUUAUGUAAUUUAAGGCCUUUGGAUUAUUAGCUAGGCCUACUGGAAGCGGGUCGGUUUCCGUAUUUCUGUUUUGUUUUGUUGGAUCGUUUGAUGUGAUGUCGGGCCCGUCGCGCUGCUUUGUAGCUGAAGUCACUCCCUAGAAAUGUAGCUUGUGGUUACAACACUGGUAGAGCUAUCACUGAAGCUGCUCUUCUUGUAGGUGUUGUUGUGCGAACGAUGCACGAGCCAUGUCUGAUGUUGAGGCCACGUACGCAGACUUCAUCGCCUCCGGCAGGACGGGACGCAGGAACGCCAUGCACGACAUCCUGCAGAGUCCCGCCGACCCCGAGGGACGAGGACUGCCCCUCACCCUGUCUCUGUCCCAGCUGCACAUCAACGCAGGAGGGGGAGAUGGAGACGACACUGAUGACAGCCAGAGCUCUUCCUCCGCGGGCCACAGGGAGGUGGAGCAGAGGAACAGCUAACCUGCCACACACUCCUGCCAGUGGACAGAGAGCUGCAAGAUGGAAUCCAGCCGUCAUUGGGAUGAAGCCUUUGGUACAAAGUGGGCUGGUAGCCGGAGGGUAGCACCAACACUGCUGAGGUGCCUAUAAGCAGGGCACUGACCCCCCCCCAUAAAUCCACUGUAGAGGCGCUGUGAUCACCAAGCGCUCUCAUGUCCCUGUGGCUCUGCUGUGCACUAGAAUAACAGACUGUUGGCAAGGGUGUAUUUCAGAGUUGGAGUAAACAGAGAGACAAAUCGGUAGCUCAUGUACAGCUGAUUUUACUUCCAGUCUUAGUUUUAAACACAAAGGCUGAAUGAUUGGAAUGAAAAGAGAAAGCUCCUAUGUGAGUCUAUGUGAAUCUUGUAGUUGUGCAGGCAAUUUGUAAGACCACUGAGACGUGCUGAUGUAAUGCAGUGGGACUAGCAUGUUCGUAGUGAUGCUGAUAGAGAUUAUAUUGCCAGUUAAUGGCUUGUGCUUCCUUUAAUUUGAAUCUACUGUAGAGGGAAUUGGACUACUCAGCUGUAGUAAAACUGGAAACUGGGAAACACCACGAACAAAAACACUGGGGCUUGGUUACUUUAUUUGUUGAAGGGUGUGUUCACUGAUUCUGUUUUGUAUGAUAGACAACACCCAAUCAUAUGUGAAACUGGCCUGUACUGUAGAAAGCAGGUGACCCACAAUACAUGAUAAUACAUUUACAAUGAGUUUGGAUGACAUAUUUCAAUGGCUCAGUGGUUAACAAAGAUGAUGAUAGUACUAUCUUUUAAAAUGUUGAUCGUUUUUUUUUUUUUUUUUUUUUUUUACUUUUCUACUCAUGCCAUUAUAAUCACAACCGUAAAGGAAUAUAUUGAAAUUUUGAGAAAUAUGCUAAUUUGCUUUCUUGCCCAGAGUUAGAUGAGAAGAUUAAUGCCAAUGUUAUGUACUGUAUGUACGCUAAAUAUGUAGCUUGAGUCAGCAGCAAGGUUAGCUUAUCUUAACAUAAAAUGGGAAAUCAGCUGGCUCUGUCUGAAGGAAACAGAAUUCAUCUACCAGCCCUUCUAAAGCUCAUUAAUUAACACCUUAUGUCCUGUUUGUUUAAUUUGCACAAAAACUCAUAUUAUGCCAAACUAUUUCUUGGCUGGGAUCAGUUGCUAGGCAACCAGCGGAGACUCUGGGAAGUCGUUUUUACACUGAAGUUUUUGUACGGAUUAAACAAAUGAGAUAUAACAUGUUAAUUAGUGAGCUUUGUCACUAUCCGAUCCGUACUGGAAACCUGAUUUGGUUUUAACCUAUCCCUUGGCCAAUGGGUUAUCCUGACCCUAAUCAUUCAGUGGCAAUUUCUAACCUUAUGUUGCAAUGUACUAUACAACAGACCAUUACUAUGGAUGCAGUUCUUAUCAUAGACUCCGGAGAACCAUUUUUAAAUCAAUAAAAUAAUUUUGAUAACCAGAAUUCUCUGUCAAGUUAUUGAUUUCUUUAGUAAGUAACCCCCCUGUGCCACCCUGCGUAGAACAAAUCAGGUUUCCGGUACGGAUCAGGCAGUCACAGUCACAAGUGCUGCUAGACAGCACUAUUUGUAUUUAUUUGUAUUUUUUUUUUUUACUUAGCCAGGCUAGCUGUUUCCCCCUGUUACCAGUCUUUUAGGUUUAGCUAAGCUAAAAGCUGUAAAGGUAUGGUAUCAAAGUUUCUCUUGAUUCCUUCUGACCUUUGAACUACGGUACUAUUUCUUACUUCGUAAUAGGUUUCCUGGUGUUUUUAAGGAGCAUUUAUUAGCCCACAAAUUUGCCCACUGUGUUCCUCCUUUCUCUGUUUGGGUACAUUUAAGUACUUUGGUUUCCUGGCAAAGUUGCUUCUUCUUAUUUUAGAAAACAGGUGUCGAUUUAUGGCAUACUGUAGGUGAGCUAGGUUAGCUUAGCUAGUUUGCUAAGCCAAGCUAAACAGCUGCUUGCUCCAGCUACAUAUUAAGCACACAGUACAGACAUCUAACUCCCGGACAGUUAAUAAGUGCAUUUCCAAAAAUGUCAAACUAUUCCUUAAAUGUAGAUAUGCAAUACUCAGUGGAGCUUCCAGUAAGUGUAACUUGUUUGUGUAAGAUGUUUUUAUCUCUGACAUUGAGCCUACACUACAUUCCUGCUUUUUUGUGAAAUAAUGGAUACAUCUCAUAAUCAUCAUCUGUACAGACCAUCAUGCAUGCACUGUUAAAACUGUCUGUUUUGUUUUUUCUCCCCACUAUAAUCUUACUGUAAUACUGCAGCUUGACUGUCUCAUUCUUAUUCAUAAUGAUGGUAAUAUGGAAAUCAAAAUUCUUUUUCUAUUACUCAUUCAAUCAGGUUUUCAAGUUGUAAACUGCCAUGUGACUGCACAGUAGUGACUCCCACCCGCUUCAACAACACUGUAUAAACCCAGCUGUUCAUAAUUCAGCAUGUAGAAAUAUAGCAGGUGCAUGAUUCUGCAAAAUGUGUAGGUGUUUCUCUGAUUGUCUAUAACCACUUUUUCUACUCUGUGUCACAACAAAAUAAAUAACG